GUGAGUGCACACAGAGCCCGCGCGCACGUGCUCUCACGAGGGGACUACCGCUCUCUCUCUCGGCACACCGAUCUUUUGACUUCCGACUGAUUAGCGAGUGAUUCACCUACGUAUAUAUAUAUAUAGUUUUUUUUUUCAUUUUCUUAUCCUUCCUCCCCUUUUUUUGUUUUUUCCCCCUUUUCCCUUUUCUUUUUUUUUUCUUCUUUUUUUUGAGAUCGUGGCCAGGUGUGACAUCUCACUCCCCUGUCCUUCUCCAUGACGCCAAAGAUGAAUUCCCUUCCGUUGUGGGCGAAGAUCUGGAUCGCCUUGGCCGUGUUGGGCGUCGCUUCCUCAGAGCUGGUGGAACUCUCCUACACUUUCAACCUAGAUGCGCCGACUUCGCCCAAACUCACGCCCUUUUCCCAUCGGAUUGUGAAGAAAGGCGUGAACAAAUACGGACUGUGGGUGGAAAUGAACGACUUCAGCGCCAGCGAGCACUCUGGCACACACAUCGACGCUCCUGUGCACUUCUCUGAGCGCGGCUGGACCCUCGAUUCCGUCCCUAUCAGGAGGCUGUGGCGAGUUCCUGCCGUACUGAUCGACGUGACUCACCACGUCCAGAAUUCCGGUGUAAAGAACUACGAGAUAAAAGUGCGGGACCUCGAAAUGUGGGAGGCCCAGUACGGCAUGCUCCCCGAUGGCUGCAUCGUGCUCUUUAUGACCGGUUGGGGCUCCAAAGUACGCAACUUGAGGGAGUAUUCGGGCCUGGAUCGACACAACAAGAUCAACUUUCCAGGUGAGGAUCUGCGCAGCGGAGACAAGCUCAACUUUCCAGGUGAGGGUUUGGACCCUCUGAGGAGCAGGCAGAACUAUCUGGGUGCGGGUCUGGAACACCAAAUCAAACUCAACUUCCCAGGCCUGAGCAAGGGCGCGGCGGAGUGGCUCGCCAACCACGCCACCCGCUACCACCAGCGUUGGGGCGUGAUCGGCGUGGGCAUCGAUACCCUCUCGCUCGACGUCGGGCAGUCGGUGCGAUACCCGGCCCACGUGGCUCUCUUCGCCAACAACAUCUACGGCAUCGAGAACCUGGCGAACCUGGAUAGGCUGCCCCCGACCGGCUUCUACGUGACUGUGAUGCCCAUCCGGAUCGGCGGGGGGAGCGGCGCCCCCGCUAGGGUCCUCGCCGAGGUCAACGAGCCGUACCCGCCGGGGCGGUUCAGCCACUCAGCCGGACCGGUUGCUCCCUCGCUGGCUCUCCUGAUGCCGGCGCUCCUGAUGGUGGCACUGAGGAUGAGGGGCCAUAUAACGGCGUAGAACCUGAUAUUGUGUUUGUGGAUGUGCGUAUGUGUGUGUGUGUGUGUGUGUGUGUUUCCCAUAAGCACAUAACAGUGUGUAUGCUCUACAGAAAAAUGACAAGUAGAUGGAUUCAAAACGAUCACUUUUUUACACGUCGCUAUCAUAGUUGUACAGGAAAACUGAUCUGUUUGCAGUUCAGGGCAGAGAUUCCAUAGAAAAUACAAUUCCUUUUGAUCUAAAUGGAAGGAAAUGUGUGUUUAUGUACACACACACACACACACACACACACACA